AUGAAGCUUCAAGUAAUCCUGAAUAUGAUGUGCCGUUGUCCGCUUCUUAUUGCGUUCUUGUUCUACGUCGACCACGUUGCACGGUUGGAUGCCGCCGGUGUUCAUAAUCGGUCACCUAUAUUUAACAACAAGCCGUCAAAUAACUGGGCCGUCCUAGUCGCUGGUUCUGACUCAUGGAUAAAUUAUCGACAUCAAGCGAACGUUUUUCACGCCUAUCACGUCUUGCGUGCAAACAAAAUUCCAGCGGAGAAUAUAAUUACCUUCGCCUACGACGAUAUUGCAAACCAUCCCAAGAAUCCAUACAAAGGUCAAGUUUUCAAUGACUACGAACACGAAGAUGUUUACAAGGGUGUGGUUAUUGACUACCGUGGACAAGACGUCAAUCCGGAUAUAUUCGCGAAAGUACUGAAAGGCGAUAAGGAACUCGAAAAAGAAGGGGUGAAGCUGUUGAAAAGCGGUCCUGAUGACAAUGUUUUCAUCUAUUAUACUGGCCACGGUGCGCUUCAAGCUAUUUCCUUCCCAUAUGGAUAUCUUCAUGCAGUCGAAUUGAAUGAUAUCCUCGGCAACAUGUAUUUAAACAAAAGGUACAAGAAGUUGGUGCUUUACAUGGAUUCUUGCGCCGCUGGUUCUCUGUUUCGUGAUCUUCUUCCUUCAGAUGUGGGAAUCUUCGUUACAACUUCAGCGAAUGAAAAUGAAGAAAGCCUCUCUGUUUUUUGUAAUGACAAGCGAAUCGGUGUUUGUUUAGCGACCGAAUAUUCGUAUGCAUGGAUUACGGAUUCAAAAUAUAAAGACUUGAAAAAACGUACACUGGAUCAACAGUACGAGGAGGUGAAAAAAAGGACAAACAAAAGUCACGUGAUGAAAUACGGUGAGAUGAAGAUCCUCCUCUCGGGUGCUUUUUUUCUCGAUGUCUCGACGCCUGAUUUAGGCCACAAGCGAGGAAGAACACGCAGUUUAGUUGUUCAAGAAACUUUUAAUCUCCCGACAAUCUUCCACAACUAUUCCUCUGGCUAUUAUCAGCUUGGUCACAUCGUCCAUGAAACUUUUCACGACAUCGUGAUGGAUGUUACAACCCAACAUAAGCCAACGGUAAAGGACUUGUCCAAGAGGAAUGAGCUCAUGUGUUUCAAGGAAGUAUUCGACCAAUUCCAGACGCAUUGCUUCACAAUUCAGCAGGUCCCAGAGGUAGCUCGGUACACACCUCAUUUAAUGGAGCUGUGCAAAGCCGGAUACGAGAUUGAAACCCUCAUCAAGUCUGUCCACAACAUCUGCUCCUAA